AUGUCGCUGCACGCACAAGAGGCUGGUCUGCCCCAUGUUGCAACCGCCGGCGAAAGGGCCGCAUCAAUCAUCCUCCUCCCAAUCACAGUCUUUGGGUUACUGGCGAAUAGCUUUGUCGCCUAUCUGUUCUGGAGAUAUGAGACGCUACGCAGGCAUCCCUCCAAUUUGCUCAUUCUGGGGCUUUGUGUUGGGGACGGCAUCCUCAUGUGCCUACCUCGAGUAAUAGAAGCGCCCAUCGCACUGGUCUACGACGGGUAUCCCGCGUGGUAUCACCCGUUCUGCCAACUAUUCGGAGCGAUGCCGCUGACGUCCGCUUACAUCAGCGUGUUCACGUUGGGUGUUGUGAGCAUGGAGCGGUAUUUGGCGAUUGUUAGGGGGGUUGUGUGGACUAGGAGGGAAGCUUGUCUUGUUGCUGCUGGAAUCUGGGCAGCAGCAGCGGUAAUCGGAGUUCUACUCCCAGUUGUGACCGCGUUCGGUAAAGGUACCCCGCACUCGCCGUACCUGCUGCAGGCAUCCGGGCUGUACUGUCUGAUCAACUGGGGGGAUAGCUCCAUUGCUGGCCGAAUUCAAGUCGUCAUCGCGAUGGUUGGCCUUCUUUUGGUCAUCGGAACACUGGUCGGAGGGUACUUUAUGAUCUGGCUGCAUGUUCGGACGAUCGCAAGCACGGUAAGCGCCACCCCGCGCAACAUUACUCUCACACCUUCGACCGCAACAACUUCCAGCGUCGCCGAGACGCCGCAGGCGCGCGGGAUGGGUGCGACCAUGACGAAGAUGGAGAGGGAUUUGAUGUGGAAGGCGAUCGUAAUGUCCGCGAUUUUCCUAACAAACUGGCUUCCAUACUCCAUCAUGAUCGCAUACGAAGGGUUCACACUCACGCACGAUAUCAAUAAGACGUUCGAGACGGUGUCUUAUUUCGGAGUCGAGAUCAAUGCGGCAACGAACCCCCUCCUCUUCAUCCUCCUCGACACCCGCGUCCUCCUCUGCGCGCGACAGGCGUUAGGGCUCGCCCGUCCCGACGAAGAUCUGAGCUCACAGCCGAGCAGUGCAGUAGGGAGUCACCGGAAGGAGAGCAUUAUAGCUGAGCCUAGUGGGGUGCGACAGGGGAAGUGUCUGCAAGAAGCCGGGCCGAGUGGAUUGAGGGGAGGGAGGACAAGAGAGGGCGGUACGCUGGGAAGGGGGGUGGAGGUGGGGGUCAGGGGAUUGAGGGUUAGAAGUAUGUCGGCGGAGGAGAUGGAUGAGGAUGAUGGAUUGGGGGAGGCGUAA